AUGAUAGAUGCGAUUUGCGCCUUUACCCGCGGGGGCGUCGUCCUCUGGAGUUUCUGCUUCGCCAAGGUCCAGGGCUCUCCCUUCGAUCACCUCAUCAAAAAUGUCCUCCUAGAGUGGAAGUUCCUGAACAACUUGGAGAUUGUUUUCGUCGUCAUCUAUCGCGGCAUGGCGCAGAUCGCCUUCUUGGAUGCUCUCCUUGAUCAAACAGCUCUGGCGUUUGUGAAGCACAUGGAGGGGAGAAAAGCCCUGGACUUCGUCGCGAGUCCCCCCAGCACACCCUUCGACGAAACCUUCGUGCAGCUCUUCACCUCUCUGUAUCAGCAGCAGAGAGAGAGAAAGACGAAUCAGGUGAAAGCCGGCGGGAACGCGGGAGGCUACAAACCGAAGAAGAAGAAAGGCAACGCAGAUGAAGACGACGAGGAAGGCGACGGCGACGAAGAUGCUCGCGGAAAGAAGAAAGGCCCACGGAGACCGAUGAUGCCGUGGGAUUCCAAUCAACGGGUAACCAAAAAGAACAUGGACACCCUCGACUUUAGCAAGAAAGCGGCGUCGAAUGGAGACGUGCAAAACGGAGACACCAGCAUGGCGAUGAUGGAGCGAGCGAUCUACGGCGCCGACGAGGAGCUAGAGGAUUCGGAAGACGAAGAUGCGCUCCUCGAAAAUGAAGUGAACGAAGCAGCCACUUCGGGCUGGUUUGGCCGCAUCGCUUCGAAGCUCCAAACGUUCACGGGGAAGAAUGUGGCUGAGGAAGUCAUUGAUCUCCUUCUCCACUCUGUCCAGUCGCGUCUGAAAGGGACCCGCACGGCAUCCUUCACAACGGUUCAUCAAACAGUCCGUAUGGCGACGCGCGACGCCAUCGUUAAGAUUUUGACUCCAAAAAAAACUGUCGACGUCUUACGCCUGGCUCUUGAGGCGAAAGCCGAAGGCCGAGUCUUCUCAAUCGUCUUCUUGGGCGUUAACGGGGUUGGGAAAUCAACCAACCUCGCCAAGGUCGCGUACUACCUCAAACACAAAGGCAACCUCGAUGUGUUGAUUGCCGCCUGUGACACCUUCCGUGCUGGAGCCGUGGAGCAGCUGCGCACGCAUUCGAGAUGCCUUCAGGUGCCUCUCUUUGAGAGAGGCUACGGGAAAGACGCAGCAGCGAUUGCUCGGGAGGCGCUCGCCACGGCGCGCCAGGAAGGCAGAGAUGUCGUCCUCAUUGACACAGCCGGGCGCAUGCAGGACAACGAGCCUCUCAUGCGCUCGCUCGCAAAGCUGGUUGCCAUCAAUAACCCCGACAUGAUUCUCUUUGUGGGCGAGGCUCUCGUGGGCAACGACGCCGUGGACCAACUGAAGAAGUUCAAUCAAGCUCUCGUAGAUCUCACUGCCCUCGGCGGUCGGCCUCCUCGCACAGUUGACGGCAUCAUUCUCACCAAAUUCGACACUGUCGAUGAUAAGGUGGGCGCCGCCUUAUCGAUGGUGUACAUCACAGGUCAACCGGUGGUCUUUGUGGGAACAGGGCAGAAGUAUCCGAACUUGAAGAAACUGAAUCCGACGAUGGUGGUCAAAGCGUUGCUCGACUGA